UGUUGUAUUCCCAUUCCCAAUGAGUUACCUAGCAGUUUGAUGCAACGCUUUCACCUAGCGUGUUAAAAUGUGUAAAGUCGGACUUCUGAGAACGUUGGUGACCCAGCGACUAAAUGUAGCCGUCGACGAGAUAUUUAAACUCUUUGAGAAGACAGUAGGAGAGUACGAAGAGGAACUUUGCCGAAAAGAGAAGAACGAGCGUCGACUACGCAAGCAAUUGGAGCAACUGGAAGCUGCUCUCAAUCCUCGUGUUAUACUGCACAGAGAAGACGUGAAGAAGGUGUUGCCGCAGAGUCUCCUCAAACAACGUGAGGAACCGGCAGAGCCACCUUUCAAUCAAGACGAAGACGACAACAAGUGGAGCAGUCAGAAUGGACAUCAGCUUCACCCCAGUCAAAGUGAGGAGAAGUUAAAUCCUGAUGUGACGACAGAAGACAACCGGGAACAAUGGGAUGGACCACCAGAGGACUACGUUGCUCUACUGUCAGAUACUGACGACUUGAUGGAGUGCGGCUUCACUGUGGAGCAGGAUGAGUUAGAAGAGCCACCACGUAUUCAAAAUAAAGAGGAGAACGUGCAUUACAGUCAAAGUGAGGAGAAGUUAAGUCCACACAAAACAGCAGAAAACAACCGAAAACAACAGGAGCGAUACAUUGCUCCACUGUUGGAUUCAGACGAAUUGGCACAGCAUGUUAAAGAUAAACAGGAGGACAUGUGCAUCAGUCAAAAUGGGGAUCAGCAUCUUCCCAGUCAAAGUGAGAAGUUAAGCCCACACAUAACAACAGAAGACAACCGAGAACAAUGGGAUGGACCACCAGAGGGCUACAUUGCUCCACUGUCAGAUACGGACGAGUUGAUGGAGUGCGGCUCCACUGUGGAUCAGGACGAGUUAGAAGAACCUCCACGUAUGAAAAAUGAAGAAGAGAACCUACGUAAGAGUCAAAAUGGAGAGAAGCUUCAUGACAGCCAAAGUGAGGAGAAGUUAAGUCCACACAAAACAGCAGAAAACAACCAAGAAAAACAGGAUGGAUCACCAGAAGGCUACAUUGCCCCACUUUCCGAUUCGGACGAAUUAGAAGAGCCCCCAGAUGAUAAACAACUUCAAGGGUUGAUGGAGGAGCCAACAUUAAAUGGUGUCAAUGACGGUCAGUCCUCACAGCUACACAGUCCAAGUCCAACCUCAUCGUCGUCCCAAAAUUAUAACUUUACCGCCUGCCUACUCUGCAUGAAGCCUUUCGCGAGUCCCGCUAACCUCAUAUCUCACAUGAAAAUCCACCAUGGAGAUAUGGAGACUCCUUCGGUUUCAAGUCGAGAAGCACACGCCCGAGGGAAACGUUUCGCUUGCUCGGCUUGCAGGAAAUGUUUCUCCUCCAAGCGUUGCUUCAACCAACACAGGUUAAUACAUUUGAAGGAGAAAGGCUUGUCCCGUCAGCUUCGUCCUGGAAAAUUCAAAGAUAGGCUUGACUUGAUGGAAGACCUGAGCGCACACCUGGCUGGGAAAUUUUCCUGUUCCUUAUGCGGUACAAGAUUCAGAAAAAAAUAUCAAAUGGUGUAUCACUUGGAGAACUCCUGUCAAGAGAGGAAUUUGCCUAAUCCUGAUCGCAAUGAGCCAAAAUGAUCAACUCUAAGUUCAUAAUUUGAAUUUUCAAGUUUAGCUUGUGUAGUUCCAAAAGUCAAAGCAACAAGCUAGUUCGCAAGGUUAGCUGUUGUGGCACUAAAAGUUAAAGCAAUAAUGUUUUUGGUUUUAUUUUUGGAAAUAUGUUGACGUGAAGCCACUCAACUGUUGUAAAAGUGUUGCAGGUAAGGUGGGAGCCAUGUUCCAGUUCUUGUUAGGACUUUUUCGGAGUAUUACAUACAGUUCAUUAGCAGUAUUCUUCCCACAUCCUUUUUUUCAAGUGCAAUGAUGUCAAUUGUGAUUGAAAUGUUAUUAAAAUGUUUUGAUACAUA